AUGGAGUGGGCAAGCAGCUAUUAUAGGGCAAAUAUAAAGCCACUUGUGGAAACUUAUGUCUUAGACAAUGACAAUGGAGUUCUGUCCAAUGCGCUGUUGCUGACAGGUGCGUCUGCAAUCGUAGUCUCAGCAAUGCUUUGGAGAAGUGCAGGAUUAAGUGCCAAGAAAACUGAAAAGAAAAAGACAAAGAAGCAGUCCAAGCAGGAACAAAAUAAGGUGCAUUCAUUGAGUUUUGAAGAGCAGAUCGAGAGUGUUUGGUUGAGGUUUAACAAUGAAUACAAAAAUGGUGUUGAUCAAUUAUUUGAAUCCUUCGAUAAAAAUGAUGAGAAAAAAAUCUAUCAACGAAAUUAUUACAAUGAAAUGCUUCUCAAACUGCUGAUUGAGUUGGAUGGCAUUGAUUUGGCAAAUCUACAGGGAGAGAGAAAAAUCAAGCUCAAGGAGAGAAGAAAAGCCGUCAUUAAAGAAAUCCAAACCUAUUUGAGAAAGCUUGACAAAUUAAGAUAA